AUGCAACCUCAAACUUCAGAUACGUUUCCCUCUCACUCUGGCAGUGACCCAAUUUCCUGUUAUGACCCAGCAUUUUACUACAGCAGGCCCUUUUGCAUUGACUCUGAAAGCAACCCAACAUCAAAACAAGAAAACAACCCUGACCUUCCUCCUUCGUCCUUUUUUCACUUUUCUUCUCCUUCCUUUGAAGAUACUCAAAUUUUCCUCGAACAACACCAUGAUUUCCUCCUUCAGUUUCACCAUCAACCUCUGCCUCAUGAGCCCGAGCCUCAACCAGUUAAUAUUUCCAUGGAGGCUUCUUCUAAAAAGAGUGAUCAGAUCCCGAGAAAAAGACCCGGCAAGAGAGAUAGGCACAGCAAGAUCAACACCGCAAGAGGACUGAGGGAUAGGAGAAUGAGACUUUCCCUUGAUGUUGCCAAGAGGUUUUUCGGCUUGCAAGAUAUGCUAGGCUUUGACAAAGCUAGCAAAACCGUGGAGUGGUUACUGAACCAAGCAAAAGUUGAAAUCCAGCGUCUAGCGAAAGAGAAAAAGAAGCAGAAGAAGAAUGGUCACCACAGUUGUAGCAGUGCUAGUUCGGAAUGUGAAGAAGGUGUGUCUAGUCUUGAUGAGGUUCUAGUGAGUGGAGAUCAAGAACAAGAAGGAGAAGAGAGAGUAGACAAAGUUCUGAAGAGAAGGGUCAAGCAUUCUAGGAAGAUCAGUGCAUUCCAUCCUCUUGCAAAGGAGUGCAGGGAAAGGGCAAGAGAAAGGGCACGCGAGAGGACAAGAGAAAAGAUGAGAAGUCGUGGCUUAGCUGAAGAAUCAAAAGAAUGUGGAGAGGAAAGAAAUCAAAAUCUGAUCCAAUUGAGUUCUUGGAACCCCUCUGAAGCUGGAGAAGAAUCUGGUACCAAGAGCCAUACUGUGCAUCCUUCCUUGGACGUGAUAACUGAUGAGGUUAAGGAACAUAGCUACCACACAAAGGAGCAUGGCGAUGAUUCUUUGGUUAUUUUGAGCAAAUGGAGCCCCUCCUUGAUCUUCGAUAACUAUGGAUUCUCUCAAGAAGUAAGUCUCCAAUUGGGGUUUCGUAGAUAA